AAUUGCAGCUGAACAAAGACUUAAAUAAAUUACUGACUGGAGGAGUAAAUGUAUGUGACAAGAGAAAAUCAACUACAGAAAGUAACACGAAAAGCAAGAAGCCGAAAUCAGCUGACGAGGGCACAAUAAAACUAAAACAAACACUAGCCUCGCGAGUCACAAUACCACCGUACACACCAAACGAACUGCGAACAUUGAGGCACCUUUGAGCGCGUCAAGUUUACCGACAACGUAUGGCUCGCGGUCGAGCGGCGCUCGGGCGAGGCACGAGGCAGCCCGAGGCACGUCCACAUCAGCCGAGGCAUUGGCUCGCGAGGCUACCGCGCGAGCCUGCUGUCAACUGCCUUCACAAUGUGAGGAAGACUCUCAAAUACGUCAUCAAUCGACUCCGCAACCGCAAAAUACCUUACAACAAAAUGCAUGCACCAGAAUCAUAUGUACAAGCAAAACACAGACGGCAAACAUAAAAGGAUUUAAAGAAGUAACUACAGACAAACAAAUUUCAUUAGUCAAUUCAUUCAAUGCAUCUGUUACUAAUCGAGGGGAUUGUUUACGUCAAGAGCCAAUGAACUAUCAAAUACCUCACCAACCGAUUCCGCAACCGCAAAAUACCUUACAACAAAAUGCAUGCACCAGAAUCAUAUGUACAAGCAAAACACAGACGGCAAACAUAAAAGGAUUUAAAGAAGUAACUACAGGCAAACAAAUUUCAUCAGUUAAUUCAUUCAAUGCAUCUGUUACCAAUCGAGGGGACUGUUUACUUGAAGAGGCAAUGAACUCUCAAAUACGUCAUCAACCGAUUCCGCAACCUCAAAAUACCUUACAACAAAAUGCAUGCACCAGAAUCAUAUGUACAAGCAAAACACAGACGGCAAACAUAAAAGGAUUUAAAGAAGUAACUACAGGCAAACAAAUUUCAUCAGUUAAUUCAUUCAAUGCAUCUGUUACCAAUCGAGGGGACUGUUUACUUGAAGAGGCAAUGAACUCUCAAAUACGUCAUCAACCGAUUCCGCAACCGCAAAAUACCUUACAACAAAAUGCAUGCACCAGAAGCAUAUGUACAGGUAAAACACAGACAGCAAACAUUAAAGAAUUUAAAGAAGUAACCAUAGACAAACAAAUUUCAUCCGUCAAUUCAUUCAAUGUAUCUGUUACUAAUCGAGGGGACUGUUUACGUGAAGAGACAAUGAACGCAGAAAAACAAAAACGCAACGAACAAAGAAUUGCCAACAGCACAGACAAGACAAACAGCAAACUAACAAUCAACCCGGAAGACAAAGAUACUGCGAACAAUCAUUUAUCCAGUUAUUCCGUGGACGAACUACCGUCACUGCCAACGGAUAUACGACAUAAUGAACAGCUAAACGAUGAAAGUCGUCCUCCUAAUCAAAAAGACCAGAAGUGCAUAUCACAAAGACCAAACGUACAACGACCAGGCUCUAGUCUAAGAACAGUUUCAGGAAUUGCCCAUACAAAAAGAGUCCGCCGUCUUCGAAAAUGGCGUAAGGAACAAAUGGAGCUAGAAGAAUUGAUGCUGUGGGCACUACUGUAAAUUAUAUACAACUUGCGGCUGUCGUAAACGGCAACUUAGGAAAAAUCAUAGAUGUCCUUCGAUAGAUACAUUAUAACUACAUUUUUGUUAGUUUAUGCAACAUAUAAAAUCCGCUGACCGAACAAAACUGGGGCCUUGGCUAUAUAUUAAAUUAUAAUUAUUUAAAGGCCGGCAACGCAUCUGCAAUUCCCCUGGUGUUGCGGUUGUUCAUGGGCGGCGGUAGUCACUUACCAUCAGGUGAGCCGCAUGCUCGUUUGCCCCCUCUCCUAUAAAAAAAAAAAAUUAUUAGUACGCUGAACAAAGGUCUCGUCUGUAAAUUUUCUCAAAGAAACGAUUUUGCCAUUGUUGGCAAACUUGCCGAGAGGAUUGAUAACCAUGACCCAUUCCUGUUUUGGUUUUCCCCUGUCGCUUGACAUUGGGUACCUAGUAUCUAAUAAAUACAUUUUGUACUAGUGUAUUGGUAGUAGUGGACACAAGUUGUUCAUAUCUCCAGAAGUCUGCGUGAUGCAGAAUUGAUUUUGAAUGUAGGAUACAUGUCGCAGGAUGAGUGUGGACAUCACUUACACCGAGCGGUGUCCGACACGAUUUUUCGAAGGACUCAGGGCUAAGGUCCGAUGAGACUUGUCGGAGCUGACGACAAAUUAGUGUCGGACAAAUGUGAUUAGUUCCAUAGACAAUAUUCUGCCAUUGGACAGUUUUUUUUGGCGGAUCAGAUCAUCCGACAAGAAGGAUACAGCGGACAUAUAUCGCUUCUAUCCGCUAUUUCUUCUUUCUUUUUUAUAUUGCGUGCAUUAAAUAUAUUAGUGUUUUAUUUAAUUAUAAAAAUCUUUUGUCAAGCGAAUUUUGGAGAUAAAUAUCAUGUAUUCUGUUAGAGUCUGUGUCAUUUUUCUGACAACCCCAAGCCGCCAUUUACGGCUUCCAAGAUGCGAAGGUUUACGGAUUGAAAUGAACUGCCACAUACAAUACUAAUGAGAGUUAAUAAUCUUCCACUUACCAGAUGUUGCUAGUUGAGACUGUUGUAAAGUUUUUUGUUGUUGUCAUUUGAUUAAGAAUUUAGUUUUAAAUAUAUGUUUAUCAGCU